CCCCCACGCGUCCACUCAUUCCAUAUAAAUCAAAAUUAAUCUGUUUAAUUCCACUAAAGUCAUAUCCCCUAUUCCUUAGCUCAAAUCCAUCUUCGAAAUCCAUUUUGAUCCGCCAUGGAUCGGCGAACCAAACUGGUGCGAGAUUUCAUCGGCAUUCUCAAGGACAGGGCUUCACUCAUCAAGGCCGCUCUCACAGUCAAACGCUCCACCUCCAUCGCACGCGCCGCCGUCAUCCACGCCACCACCCACCGCUCCUCCUCCUUCCCGCCGGAGCACUGCCUCGCCGCCGUCCUUUCCCUCGGUCUCGGCUCCCGCGCCACCGCCUCCGCCUGCAUCGCUGCCAUCAUGGACCGUCUCCACCGCACCGGCGACACCUUCGUGGCCCUCAAGUGCCUCAUCACCCUCCACCACGUCGUCGCCCGAGGCUCCUUCAUCCUCAAGGACCAGCUCUCCAUCUUCCCCGCCUCCGGCGGCCAUAACUUCCUCAACCUCUCGACGUUCCGUGACGGCAGAGACGUGGAAACCUCAGAGUUCUCGACCUGGGUCCGAUGGUACGCUGGUUUCCUGGAAAGCAACCUAACGACGUCAAGGGUUCUGGGAACUUACGUAUCUUCUUCUUCUCUUUCAAAAGAUAGAUUUACGAUCACAUCUCUGCUGGACUUGGAAUUGAUGUCAGAAACGGAAGCUUUGGUGGCAAUGGUGGAGGAAAUAAGCAGAGCUCCAGAUUCAGUGGAUUGCCAACGGAACGACUUGGUUUACGAGAUUGUGAACCUGGUUGGCGACGAUUACCGCUCGACUCAGCGCCAGAUCUGGGUCAGACUGAAUGAAUGGGGUAAGAGGAUUAGUAGAUUGGAUGUCGAUGAGUUGGCCAAGUUGACUCGGUGUUUGGAGAGGUUGGAGGAAAGCCGAGAGAGAAUAUUGGUGUUGUUUGUGAGUCGGAAACGAAACGAUGCGUUUUGGGAAUUGGUAAAGGAGACGAAGAGGAAGGCAGUGAAGGUGGCGGAAGAGAGAGAAAGGGCCAGGUGGCUGGUGGUGAGUGAGUCGACUCGGUUGGGAGAACGAGCUGUGAGGCCGGGUCGGGUUUUAAGCUUGGCAUAUGGAAUGGAGGUCAAUGGGCGUGGGGCUGACCGGGUCGCAAUUUCUGUUCUGCCGGCGACGGCCUGACUCUGUUUUUUUGGGGGUUGUUUAAACUUAAUUGUUAAUUAUUUAUUAAUUUGGUAUCAUGGAGUAAUCGUGUAGAUAUUGGCAUUUUGUUA